AUGGCUGGCGGUUUGACCCGAAACCGAAUCAAAAACUUCCUCUCACUCAAGGGCCUGAGAGACUUCGUCUUCUUGUACGUCGUCUGGAAAUAUUUCAUCUCGUCUUACCGUCAUCUCCGUGCAAGAGGGAUCAGAAAAACGAUCAACGAGACGUACAUACAACUGGCAACUUUUGGCUUCAAAUGUGCACUCAGAGUGCCAUCAAUCAAUCGCAAGGUGGCCAGUCAGCUGGAUGCUGCGUCUGCCGAUAUGGAGAAAAAACUGGCCCCGAAAGGUCCCGGGAUUGUUAGAUGGCUUGAGAUACCACAGGAUGGUAAAUCGGCUGAAUGGCUAAAAGAUGAACUUGACUCACUCUCCCGAUUACCUUCAUCGGACUGGCAGUCCGGCAAGGUCUCAGGUACCGUUUACCAUGGGGGGGAAGAACUCGAACAUGUCAUCUGCUCCGCCAUGAGCAAGUACAUCAUCAGCAACCCUCUCCAUCCCGACGUUUUCCCCGGGGUUCGCAAGAUGGAAGCCGAAGUAGUUAAGAUGGUUCUAGAGCUUUUCAAUGCCCCCCCUGAGGCAGGCGGCACGGUGACCAGUGGGGGUACCGAGUCCAUCCUGAUGGCUUGUAAGAGCUAUCGGGACUGGGGUCGUGACGUCAAGGGCAUCACCAAGCCAGAAAUGAUUGCGCCGAACAGUAUCCAUGCGGCAUUCGACAAGGCUGCCCACUACUUCGGCAUCAAGAUCCACUACAUCCCCGUCGACGAGAAAACUCGGAAGGUUGAUAUUGCACGAGUCAAACGUGCAAUCAAUGCUAACACAGUCAUGCUAUGUGGCUCGGCGCCCAACUACCCAGAUGGUGCGAUCGAUGACAUCACCGCAUUGGGCAAGCUGGCGAAAAGAUACAACCUUGGUUUACAUGUCGAUUGCUGUCUUGGAUCCUUCCUCGUACCAUUUGUUGCUCAAUGUGGCUUCGAAAUGGACCCGUUUGACUUCCGCGUCGAAGGCGUCACUUCUAUCUCGUGCGAUACUCACAAGUAUGGAUUCGCACCAAAAGGCAACAGUGUGAUUAUGUACCGAACUUCAAAAUGGCGCGAGUACCAGUACACGGUGUAUCCAACUUGGCCCGGAGGCGUCUUUGCUUCACCCUCGAUCGCAGGAUCUCGACCCGGCUCAAUAAUUGCAGGCACAUGGGCUGCAUUGAUGUAUAUGGGAAAGGAGGGGUACCUGGAAAGCUGUCGGUCGAUCGUCGGAGCUGCUAAGCAGCUGGCCAAGGCUAUCAGAGAAGAAAUUCCUGAAUUGGAAAUUUUGGGCAACCCGUUAGUUUCUGUGGUGGCCUUCAAGGACAAGAAGGGAAUGGGCGUGAAUAUCUACCAACUUGGAGACUACCUCGGCUCGAAAGGAUGGCAUCUGACAGCAUUGCAAUUUCCGCCUGCCUUACACAUCGCGUGCACCAAACCGACAACGACAGCGAUUGAUACUCUAAUUCAGGAUCUCAAAGAAGGCGUGGCGUCUGUCAAGGGCGACAAAGAUGGCGGUAAAGGGGACAUGGUCACGCUUUAUGGUUUGGGGAGUUCUAGUGCUGUCGGACCAGGAUUAGUAGGCGACCUGGCCCGACGAUACUUAGAUACACUUUAUUCUGCUUGA